AUGGCAACCAUCAUGUCUGAUCAACCAAGAACUGCAGGGUCUUAUUCCUAUGGAACCACUACCUAUGACACCAACAACAACCCAUCUUCACGCCAAACCGUUAAGUUCAUAACUGCUGCCACUAUUGGUGUCACCCUCUUGCUCUUGUCUGGGUUAAUCCUCACAGGGACUGUUAUAGGCUUAAUCAUUGCAACUCCACUUCUUGUUCUCUUUAGUCCUAUCCUUGUUCCUGCUGCCAUUGUGCUGUUCCUAGCUGCCUCUGGCUUCUUGUUCUCAGGUGGGUGUGGCGUGGCUGCAAUUGCUGCUUUGUCUUGGAUUUACAACUAUGUGUCUGGGAACCACCCUGCAGGGUCUGACACCCUUGAUUAUGCUAGAGGGAUCAUUGCUGAUAAGGCUAGGGAUGUGAAGGAAAGGGCCAAGGAUUAUGGAAGCUAUGGUCAGGUUAGAGCUCAGGACACCACACAAGGAUCUUAUUGA